GAAGCUCAGCAGCAACUCUCUUCCAUCGCGGCAUCAAUCUUCCCCUCGAACUCGGUCGCAGCAUCGAGCUUGAUCGACGUCCUUACGAGCGCGCUUCCCGGCACACCGACCGCUACGGCGCUCCCUGACGCACAGCUCUCCUCCAUCGUGGCGUCCAUCUUCCCGUCCAAUUCGGGUGCCGCUUCGUCCCUCGUUGCCGCUCUCUCCAGCGCUCUGCCCGCAAACACUCAGGUCCCUCUCGCCUCCCAGCUGUCGUCUCUCCUCAGCCAGGGCAUCGCUACGGGUACAGCACUGCCCGAGCAAGUUUCUUCGCAAGUCUCCUCGCUCUCCUCCUUGAUCUCCAGCCUUGCAGCCUCACCUACCAUCGCGCCUACGCUGCCAAGUCUGCCAAGCCAGGCCAUCGAGUCGCUCGCCUCGGAGAUUCUGUUCAACACCGCUCUCCCCAGCAACAUUGCCUCCUCGUUGGCACAACAGCUCAGCAGUGCACUGCCCGCAGCGCCGACCGCAGCGCCGACCGCGCCCAUCGAGUCCCUCGCCUCUGAAAUUUUGAGCAACACGGCUAUUCCGAGCGGCGUCGCCUCUUCGCUCGCUCAACAGCUCAGCAGUGCCAUCCCGAACGCAGCGCCGACGCAAGCGAUUGAGUCUCUGGC